AUGGCAGCGACUGUACCUCAGCAGCAAGUUUCAGCUGCACAGAAAUUAGCUCAAGUAAAUGAACAGACCUGGAUGACCAUGGGCAACCUCGCUGAAAUGAUGACCGAUUAUGAUAAAGCUAUGAAUUGCUAUGAAUCUGCACUUAGACACAAUCCUUAUUCGAUUGCUGCUUUGUCUCAAAUCGCGUCUUUAUGUAGAGGACGCGAACAAUUUGGACGUGCUGUCGACUAUUUUAAACGUAUCUUGGCUAUUCAAGAAAACAAUGGCGAGACAUGGGCUGCUCUCGGUCAUUGUUAUCUGAUGAUGGAUAACUUACAAGAAGCCUAUCAAGCCUAUCAGCAGGCCUUAUACCAUCUCUCCAACCCAAAAGACCCUAAACUUUGGUAUGGCAUUGGUAUCUUGUACGAUCGUUAUGGGUCACUUGAACAUGCUGAAGAAGCCUUUUCUGCUGUGAUGAAGAUGGAUCCUAAAUUCGAAAAGGCCAAUGAGAUUUAUUUUAGAUUGGGUAUCAUUUACAAACAACAACAAAAGUAUGAUUUAUCACUGCAGUGCUUUCGAUACAUUCUUCAUAACCCUCCAAGACCUCUGACUGAAUCUGAUAUUUGGUUUCAAACAGGCCAUGUGUAUGAACAACAAAAAGAAUACGAAUUAGCCAAAGAAGCCUAUGAACGCGUCUUGGCUGAAAACCCUGAUCAUGCAAAAGUACUUCAGCAACUGGGUUGGUUAUACCAUCAACAAAACACGUCGUUUUGCAACCAAGCAUUAGCCAUUCAAUACCUGACGCGUUCUCUCAAGGCAGACAGCAAUGACGCUCAAUCGUGGUAUUUGCUCGGCCGUUGUUACAUGGCUGAACAAAACUACAAUAAGGCUUAUGAAGCCUAUCAACAAGCUGUCUAUCGAGAUGCUCGUAACCCUACUUUUUGGUGUUCGAUUGGUGUCUUGUACUAUCAAAUCAAUCAAUACCGAGAUGCAUUGGAUGCGUAUAGCCGUGCUAUUCGUCUGAACCCUUAUAUCAGUGAAGUAUGGUAUGAUUUAGGUACUUUGUAUGAAUCAUGCAAUAACCAAGUCCAAGAUGCGUUGGAUGCCUAUCAACGUGCUGCUGAACUGGAUCCUAGUAAUCCUCAUAUCAAACAACGCUUAGAACUCUUGAGAAAAUCACAAAGUGUUCAAUCCACACAAGGGACAGCACCGAAUGCACCUGUGCCUCAGGAUGUCAGUAAUCCAAGCCAAUAUCAAAGUGGACAACCCAUGACAGGAUCUUACAGUCAAUCAGGUCCUAGUGGUCCACCCUCCAGUAUGUCUGCUUACCAUACUGCCUUGGGCAGUGCUCACACACAGCGUGCAGAAGAACGCGUGCCUACACCUCAAUUACCUGUCAACCACGCACUCACCACGCACGAACAAAACACAGGACCUGCUCGUGACCUUCCUGUGCUCAACAGUCAUCAUCAUCGUCGUUCACCUGGACCUUAUCACCCACCAUACCCUACUACACAUCAGCGUGAAGAUGUCCGUAUUCCUGACAUUGGCGGUGGACGUGCACCUACACCUUCCGAUCGGUCUCAGAUGAACCCUAUUCAUGAUGAAAGACAGUAUCAAAGCAACUUACCUCCUAUGAGUAUGCGUUAUAAAGAAGAAUCAACGCCAACGCAAUCAGGUUCGCCUCAUACACGCCCACGUAACUUUGAUCAUCGUCUAUCUCCUCGUACAGAUUACCGUUAUGAACAACGUCCAAUGGAAGAAUCAUUUCGACAAGAAGAAAAGAAAGACGAGAGUUUUGAUGCCAGUGUAGCAGAUGCACUCUUGAGUAUGGGCAACCCUCAAUUGGGUCAAAAGCGUGCUUUGCCACAAGAACAACAAGAGGAAAAUAAAAAGCCAAGACAGACAGAAGAGACUGAGCCUACUGAGAAAGUAGAAAAAGAAUCUCAGGUGAAAAAAGAAGAGCCUGAAGAAGGUGAAGUGGAUGAACAAGAAGAAGGUGAAGUCAAAGAUGACGAUGAUGAACAACAACAACAAGAAGAAGACAAGAAAAAAGAAAACAAGAAAGAGGAAAAAGAAGAAAAAGAAGCAGAAGAAAAAGAAGAAAAAGAGAAAGAAGAAGAAGAAGAAGGAAGUAUUCCACCUACUGCUGCAGUGGCUGCUACAAAUGCUAUUGCUGCUGCUACUACAUUACAACAGAAAGAGACUUCAUUAUCAUCAUCAUCAUCAUAA